ACAUUUCUGUUUUUUUAUUUAUAUAAAUUCAUCAAUUUCAUUUAUAACACAAUAUUCAAAUAAUUCAAAUACCUGUCUGAAAUGGAGGCUUUAAUUCCUGUUAUUAAUAAAUUACAAGAUGUGUUUAAUACGGUUGGAGCUGAUUCUAUACAAUUACCACAAAUCGUUGUCUUGGGUGCUCAGAGUUCUGGUAAAAGUUCAGUAAUUGAAAGUCUGGUUGGGAAAUCAUUUUUACCCCGUGGAAUUGGUAUUGUUACACGACGACCUCUAAUUCUUCAACUGGUGUACUGUCCUAAGGACGAUCGUGAAUAUCGUAGCGCUGAAGUUGGUACUCUUGAUUUGGACGAAUGGGGUGUAUUUUUACAUAAACCAAAUGAAGUAUUCAAAAAUUUUGAACAAGUUCGUAAAGAAAUCGAAGAAGAGACAAAUCGUAAGGCUGGUACGAAUAAAGGAAUAUGCCCGGAACCAAUCAAUUUAAAAAUAUUCUCAUCGGCUGUUGUAAAUUUAACAUUAAUCGAUUUACCGGGUAUCACAAAAGUACCGGUUGGAGAUCAACCGGAAGAUAUUGAACAACAAAUACGAGAUUUAGUCGUUAAAUAUAUAGCAAAUCCAAAUUCAAUUAUUUUAGCUGUUGUUACGGCAAAUACUGAUAUGGCGACAUCGGAGAGUUUGAAAUUAUCACGAGACGUUGAUCCGGAUGGUAGACGAACGCUUGCGGUUGUUACCAAAUUAGAUUUGAUGGAUGCUGGAACAGAUGCAAUUGAUAUAUUAUGCGGACGUGUUAUUCCAGUAAAAUUAGGUAUAAUCGGUGUUGUAAAUCGUUCUCAACAGGAUAUUAUGAACAACAAAACAAUUAAGGAUGCGUUACGCGACGAGGAAGCAUUUUUACAACGUAAAUAUCCAACUUUAGCAAAUCGUAAUGGGACCAUGUACUUAGGAAAAACAUUAAAUCGCUUACUAAUGCAUCACAUUCGAGACUGUUUACCCGAUUUAAAAACCCGUGUCAAUGUGAUGGUCUCACAAUUUCAAACAUUACUAUCAUCGUACGGUGAAGAUGUUUCCGAUAAAAGUCAAACUUUAUUACAAAUUAUCACAAAAUUUGCAUCUGCGUAUUGUUCGACAAUCGAAGGUACUGCACGAAAUAUUGAGACCACGGAACUAUGUGGAGGUGCUCGAAUAUGUUACAUUUUUCAUGAGACUUUUGGCAAGACAUUAGAUUCAAUUCAUCCGUUAUCGGGACUAACCAAGAUGGAUAUUUUAACGGCAAUGAAAAAUGCGACAGGUCCUCGACCUGCGUUGUUCGUACCAGAAGUAUCGUUUGAGUUGUUGGUGAAGAAACAGAUAGCACGUUUGGCUGAGCCUUCGUUAAGGUGUGUGGAUUUAGUUCAUGAAGAAAUGCAACGUAUUAUUCAGCAUUGUGGUACCGAGGUCCAACAAGAAUUGUUACGUUUCCCCAAGUUACAUGAACGUAUUAUGGACGUGGUGACACAGUUACUUCGAAGACGAUUACCAACAACUAAUGCUAUGGUGGAAAACCUAGUCGCAAUUGAAUUAGCAUACAUUAAUACAAAGCAUCCCGAUUUCCAUAAAGAUGCAGCCCUAGUACCGUCUCUAUUGAAUACCGAAAAAGAUAUUAUUUCUAUGAAAUACAAACAACAUUCACAACGACCACAUUCGUCUCACGAUUCUUCGGAACCACUUGGUACAUCGAAACGAGGUCCAGUACUAGCAAACCAACCACUAGGUCCACCAACUAAUACACCUAGUAUGGAUACUAAUAAUUGGUUAGCAUCGAUAUUACCUGGUAAAACUCAUGAUGAAGGUACGCAGCAGAAGAAUCAAACACCGACUUCACCACCGAAUCAAGGUGAUCAACAAGAUCAACGAGACGAAUACGGACAAGGGCAGCCAACACGGACACCACAAAAGCCGGUGAAUUUGUUACCAGAAGUACCAUUGAAUACUAAUCGUGUACUUAAUGAAAAAGAAUCGCAUGAUUGUGAUAUUAUUGAGCGUCUUAUUAAAUCAUACUUUUAUAUUGUGAGAAAAUCUAUUCAGGAUUCAGUACCAAAGGCAGUAAUGCAUUUCUUAGUCAAUUAUGUUAAGGAUAAUCUACAAUCAGAAUUAGUGACGCAUUUGUAUAAAUGUGAUAAUGCUGAUCGAUUGUUGAAUGAAUCCGAGCAUGUAGCACACCGGCGUAAGGAAGCCGCCGAUAUGUUAAAGGCUUUACAGGAGGCAAAUCAUAUAAUUAGUGAAAUACGAGAGACACAUAUGUGGUAAAGCUCUCCUGUGUUAUUGUUUUUUUUGUUGAAAAAAACACCUCUGUUCGUUCACUUGUAGUCAUUAUUUGUACAUUUUUUUUUGUUUUAUUAUUAUUACUUUUAA